AGUCUGAUCCAAUCCCAUGAAUAUCAACUCUGACGAAAGGAUCGAGAGCCUUGCCACUUCUAGGAAUUGGUCCGACUGUCACUUCUAAAGCCUCCCGCCCCCGUCCGAUCGAUGCUGUCCCCGGGCGUCACGGUUGGAUCAUCUGGUCCUGCCCCUCUGGUCGACCACGCACUUAACUGGCUGGGCUGCGACAACAAUAACAUCCGGCAGAGCGAAACGGAAUUGCGAAAGUGAUUCCGGACAACUUUCAAACAUGCCACGUCAGAGAGUGGGCAUGUCGUGAAGCGUACCUGGCGGCUGCCAUCCGCCGUUGCCAAGGUUUCCGUGUACGCGCCGCUUUGCCUGCUCGCCUGCGCGCGCUUCUCUCCAUUGGCAGACAUGGCGGCGGACCUCCAGCCCGAGUGGAUUUCUGGUCUACCUUCUUCCUGGAGUUAUGGACUUACUCGUGACGGACGCGUCUUCUUCGUCAACGAAGAAGCCAAGAGUACAACCUGGCUGCAUCCCCUGAGCGGCGAGGCUGUCAUAACCGGACACAGGAAAACUCCAGAUUUACCCAUUGGAUGGGAAGAAGGAUAUACGUUUGAGGGUGCACGAUGCUUCAUCAACCAUAAUGAGCGAAAGGUGACCUGCAAGCAUCCCGUCUCAGGCUCGCCCUCUCAAGACAACUGCAUCUUUGUCAUCAACGAACAUGUGUAUUGUGGAAAAAUGUUUCAUCCAGCGCGUAGCAGAUCUGCCGGCAAAGUUCCAGUGAAUGAAAAGAAGGAACAGCCAAGAAGCACCAUGAGCGAGGCCUCCAACAACACGGGUGGCACGGACUGUGCCGGAAACCAAUCCGGCGCAGCAGCAAGGGCAUCAAGACUGCCUAAAAAACUUCAUAAUUUUGGAAAGAGAUCAAAUUCUAUCAGGAGGAAUCCCAGCGCUCCCGUUAUAAAGAGGGACUGGCUUUAUAAGCAGGACAGCACCGGGAUGAAGCUGUGGAAAAAGCGAUGGUUUGUGCUGUCAGACUUGUGUCUCUUCUAUUACAGAGAUGAAAAAGAGGAAGGGAUACUUGGCAGCAUCCUGCUUCCAAGCUUUCAUAUAUCCAUGCUGUCUGUUGAUGAUCACAUCACCAGAAAGUACGCCUUCAAGGCAACACAUCCCAACAUGCGAACAUACUACUUUUGCACGGACACAGCCAAAGACAUGGAGUCCUGGAUGAAAGUGAUGACGGAUGCCGCACUUGUGCAUUCCGACCCUGUCAAAAGGUUGGACAAACUAAAAGUGGAACAGUGUGGCCCUUAUGAGGUUAAUCACGUGGCCAAUCACAAGCCACCGUUAACACAGCCCGAAAUUGAGAACAAUGAGCGCAACCGCGAGGCGGACCGCGAGCAUAUGCCGGAAGAGGACAGGAAAAAGCGAGAUGCCGAGCGCUAUGGCUUCCAGAAAGAUGGCGCCGACCCCAAUCACCCCCUCACCAAGAUCAACAGUAUCAAAAUGCAGCCAGCCCAAGCACCAGCGAUCACGGUCAAGCUCGCAAUGCCACGCAGCUCGACAGAGAUUGAUGGCUCACACCAGAGCCCCCAAGUCAACGGAGCUGGUGAACCCAGGCCAGCUGACUACACUGGAGUUCCUCCUCAACGAAGUCCAAACUACGAGCGGGAACGGACUUUGAGUAGGACAAGCUCGAUGCAGCAACUGGAGCAGUGGGUUCGCACGCAAAGAGGACGCGCCCCAGAUGAUGACACCAGGAGCAUCGCAUCGUACCAGACACUCCCUAGAAAAAUGCCAAAUCAUCGGAUGCCCCAUGUGCCUCAUUAUGGCGACGGUUACCGCAGCAUGCCCAGAAAUAGCAUGGCACAGCGGGACAGCAUCUGCAGCAUGUCGCCGUCGUUGUACGACCAAACCUUGGGGCCAGCGAUGGCUGACCAGUGCCGCUCCGUGCGCUCGGACACCAUGUGGCAGCUAUACGAGUGGCAGCAAAGACAGGCCUACGCCAGACCGCCGGGGAUGUACGGCCACAUGGCCAGCCCCAAAACCAUGAUCAACCUUUCAGAGCAUGCUGCGUCGACCUACUCCAUCCCACCUUCGCCUUCCCACGGUUCAUUGUCAAUGUAUGGCGGUUACCCUCAACCACGAUCAUACAACAUGAGCAGUGCCCGGUCUGAGAUCGCUUCCCCCAUCUACCAAAGGGAGAUGAGUCUGGACAGGCGGCACAGGCACCAAAUCCCGAAGUAUGCCCAUCCACCUGAUAGGAGGUCAAUGCCUGCAGGAAUUCCAGUCCAGACGAUCACUGCUCAGUCUCUCCAAGGCAAAAGUCCUGAGGAACUGACUUUGCUUCUGAUAAAGCUGCGUCGGCAGCAGGCAGAGCUAAACAGUGUCCGGGAGCACACUCUCGCACAGCUUACGCAACUUAACAUGGAUGGCGACAACCCAAAGAAUGAUGCUCUGUCCCAUCAUCUCCAAAGGACUCUAAUGUAUUUGGACAAUCAGAUGAAGAAAAAUGACCCUUUAAUCGUCAUGACUCACACUUUGAUUGAGAACUCGGCCCCAAGGCCUCAACUUUACCAGCAACUAAAUCCAGAAGACCCUAAAGAACACACCUACCUGCCAGAAGAGGGGGACAUUGAUACCAAACUUAGCCGAUUGUGUGAACAGGAUAAAGUGGUGAGGACACACGAGGACAACCUGCAGCAGCUGUAUAGAGAAAAGCAUACUUUGGAGACAGCGCUGCUGUCGGCCAGCCAGGAGAUAGAAUUGGGCUCAGACGACCCGGCUGCCAUGCAGAGUGUCAUCCAACAGAGAGACUUACUGCAGAGCGGCUUGCUCAGCACCUGCAGAGAGCUCACCCGCGUCACAACUGAGUUGGAGCGGUCAUGGCGCGAGUAUGACCACUUAGAAGGAGCUGUCAUUCUUGCAAAAAGCAACCUGCUGGAGCAGCUCGAAGCACUGGGAAGCCCACAGACUGAACCUCCCAGCCAGCAGCACGUGCACAUCCAGAAAGAGCUGUGGCGGAUCCAAGAUGUAAUGGAGGUCCUCAAUAAACAUAAAGAGCAGAGGAACACUGAUGGCUCCAUGACCUUGUAUGGGCCCAACCUCGGCAUGCAGAAAACAGAGGAGGACUCUGUACCCCCACGGCCACCUUUGCCCCAGUCAUAUGAGCCCAACCCCCCCGCAAUUCCCCCUCAUGCCGGAGUUCGCUCAGCAUCCCUCCACAGGCCGGAAGACAGGAAGACCAAUCAGAAGAAUGGCACACACAGCGGGCCAGACUACCGACUGUACAAGAGUGAACCAGAGCUCACCACGGUAGCUGAAGUGGAUGAGAGCAAUGGAGAGGACAGGACUGAACACCCACCUGCCCAUAUCCCAAACAAAGGGCUGUCCUACCCAGUAGGCAUUGUUCCACCUAGAACCAAAUCCCCAGUGCCUGAAUCAUCCUCCAUCGCCUCAUAUGUUACUCUAAGGAAGAGUAAGAAGCCUGACUCCAGAAUGGAGCGUCCUCACAGCGCUAUGGAGCAUCAGCUGGAGAGCGGCCGGCCCAGGAUGAGCGUGGAGGAGCAGCUGGAGAGGAUUCGCCGCCACCAGCAGGGUGCCCUCAAGGAGAAGAAAAAGGGCGUUCGCAUUCGCGGUAGCAGCGAGGAGAACGUGCUGUCCCGCAGCAAUUCGUUUACUAAGGACAGCCAUUCACGCAAUGUGCAGUCUCAAAUGAGGCGUAGAGAAGAUGUGAUGAGCACUGACAUCCUGGAGCUCGAGGCCUCACUCAGGCAGCAAGAGGUGGUGAGGGAGCAGGAGACGCCCGCCGAGGAAAUCGCACGUCUCAAAGAUGCCUCAAAUUCAGACCGCUUUAAUGUGGUUCGGGAAUUGUCUGUGCCUGACAAAGUGAUUAUCCCUGAACGGUAUGUGGAGUCGGACCCGGAGGAGGCGCUUAGCCCGGAGCAGGAGGCUGACAAGCAGAGGAAAGUUGACCGCAUCAAAGCUCUCAUAGCCAAAAACAGCAUGCAGAACACGAUGCCUGCCGUAGCGUUAAGCCCAGUGGAGAUUGAGGAGGAGAUUACCAUCCAAGAGAAAGAGAAGAUGAUCAAUAUCUCUUACGAGCUUGCAGCAGAGGCCUCCAAACGUAGCAAGCUGGUGGCAGUGAAAAGCCCGUCACCAUCUUCCCCAACCCUCCCGCCAUCUCCUAACACCCCGCCUCAGCUCGCUGACGGUUCUCACUUCAUGUGUGUGUAGUAGCACCACACAAGCUCUGGCAUCAGUCAAAACAUACACAUGAAGGAAAUAAUGGUGGACACGUUCCCACGGCCACGCAAAAUCUUAACCUAAUGUGUGCGUGUCUGUGUGUGUGUGUGUGUGCGCAUGUGUGUGUGUGUGUGUGUGUGUGUGUGUGUGUGUGUGUGUGUGUGUGUGUGUGUGUGUGUGUGUGUGUGUGUGUGCGCGUGCAUGUGUGUGUGCGAUAAUCGUGACAUCUGAAGCACCCUUAUGUGACCACCACGAUAAUAUUUCAAUUCUUUGGUACUCACACUUUGCUUUGUUGUUCUGAACCUUGGAAAGUUUUUACUCUUUUGUAAAAUUAUUUAUAGAGUUUAACAGGCAUUUGUCACUCUUUUUGUUGAUCUGUUAAUAUUUAAGCAUUUACUGGAGAAACGUUUUUUGUUGUUGUUUGUUUUUUAAGGGUAGCGUAUAAAAAUAAAAAAUUAAGGGAAGUCCCACUUAGGUACUUCGGACUAAUGUGAAUCAUUUUUCUCGAAAGUUGUAAUUCUUUAAAAUGACAGCCUGCAGUCCGUGUUAAAAUACUGACAGCUUUUUGUCUGA